AUGGAUAUGGAAAACAUGACAGGUGUGACAGAGUUCAUCUUGGUGGGGUUCCCAAAUAUCUUUGAGGUAGAAAUAAUCCUCUUCGUUAUCUUUUUCCUUAUCUACUUAGUGACUGUAUUAGGAAACAGCCUCAUCAUUCUGCUGAUAUGUAUUGAUCACCGUCUCCAUUCCCCCAUGUACUAUUUCCUUAGUAACUUGUCGUUCAUUGAGAUCUUCAUGACUUCUGCUGUGGUUCCUAAAAUGUUGGCCAACUUCCUCUCAGAAAAGAAAACCAUCUCCUUUGCUGGAUGCUUUAGUCAGAGCUAUUUUUAUUUCCUCAUGGGCACAACAGAGUUCAUCCUUUUUGCUGUCAUGUCCAAUGACCGGUACAUCGCCGUAUGCAGCCCAUUAAGGUACUCUACCAUAAUGACUGAAAAAAUAUGCAUUCAACUUGUCAUUGGCUCCUGGGUCGGAGGUUUCUUCAUGGUAUUAUCAUCAUUGAUCUUGAAAACUAGAUUGCCAUACUGUGGCCCCAAUGUGAUCAACCACUAUUUCUGUGACAGUGCCCCUUUGCUGCACCUGGCUUGUGCUGAUAUCCGCUUUAUUGAGUUCACUGACUUUGUGGUGUCUCUGGUUCUUCUUCUUGGCUCCCUGUCAUUGACUGUGGUUUCCUACAUCUACAUAAUCUCCACUAUACUUAAGAUCCCAUCUGCACAAGGGAGACAGAAAGCAUUUGCCACCUGUGCCUCUCAUUUCACUGUUGUUUCAAUAGGAUUUGGUAUCACCAUGUUUGUCUAUGUCAGACCUUCACAGACUGAUUUCAUGAAGUUCAACAAAGUUCUCUCUGUUCUGUCUAGCAUAAUGACACCCUUCCUAAACCCAUUCAUCUUCAGCCUAAGGAAUGAGCAAAUGAAAGAGGCCAUAAGAGAUGCUCUGAAGAAGUACUUGGCGAUGACCAAAAAGGCAAUGAAUUAA